GCGACGGCAGCCAGCAGCUGGCCUCCGCGAGGAGGGCGUACCAGCAUGCCAAAGCGGAGGGCAACCGCCAGGAAGAGGCCAGGUGGGCGAAUGUUAUCGGCGACAUCCUCAAGAACCGUGGCGAGUACUUCAAGGCCCUCAGGUGGCUCCGCAUCGACUACGACAUCUCCGUCAAGUACUUGCCGGAGAAGCACCUCCUCCCUUCGUGCCAGUCACUGGGCGAAGUCUAUCUCCGCCUUCAGGACUUCGAAAGCGCCCUAAUUUAUCAGAAAAAACACUUAGAUCUUGCUAAGGAUGAAAAUAAUCUUAUUGAACAACAAAGGGCAACCACUCAACUAGGGAGAACAUACCACGAGAUGUUCUUAAAGUCUGAGGAUGAUCAUUGCUCUCUGAUAAAUGCUAAGAAGUAUUUCAAGUUGGCAAUGGAACUUGCUCAAACUCUGAAGCGCAGUCAGCUAUCUGAGAAGUUUUCAUUUGUAAAGGAGUACAUCGAUGCACAUAAUAACCUAGGAAUGCUUCAAAUGGAUCUUGAUAACCCGGAGGAAGCCAAAACAUAUCUUUUGAAGGGAUUAGAUAUCUGUGACGAAGAAGAGUUGAGUGAGAAUGAUGAUGGGCGAAGUAGGCUUCACCAUAACCUUGGGAAUGUUUUCACAGAACUAAGGAAAUGGGACAAAGCACGAGAGCAUAUUCAGAAGGAUAUUGUUAUAUGUAACAAAAUUGGGCACUGCCAGGGAGAGGCGAAAGGAUAUAUAAAUCUUGGCGAGCUGCAUUACAAGGUUCAAAAGUAUGACGAGGCUAUGACUUGUUAUGCUAAGGCUCUUCACUUAGCUAAAUUGUUGGAAGAUGAGGGUGCUUUGGUUGACCAAAUAAAUCAGAACAUGCAAAUAGUAAAUGAAGCACUCAAGGUACGGAAUGAAAUUGAAAAAGAAGAGCAAGUUCUCAAAAAGUUGGUAAGGAAAACGGAAAUGACCAGAGGCACUGAUGGCGAGAGGAAGUGCUUACUGCAACAGUAUUCAUCUCUUGUUCAUCUCAUUGAGAAAGCUAGCAUAAUUUUUGCGUGGAUGAAAUAUCAUGCAUAUGCAAAGAAAAGAAAGAAAAUAGCCAGCCAAUUGUAUGACACAGAGAAGUUGGGCGAUUCUUUUCUUGCCAUAGGAGAGUCAUAUCAUAAACUUAGGAAGUUUGAUAAGGCUCUGAAAUGGUACACAAAGAGCUGGGAAAAGUACGAAGUAAUUGGCAACUUGGAGGGACAAGCAAUGGCAAAAAUCAAUAUUGGAAAUACUUUUGAUUCUAAAGGUGAUUGGGAAUCUGCUUUGGCUUCUUUUGAAGAGGGUUAUAGGAUUGCUGUUAAAGCAAACAAGCCUUCUACUCAGCUGGCUGCUUUAGAAAAUAUGCACUAUAGUCAAAUGAUAAGAUUCGAUAAUGUGGAAGAAGCCAGGAGGCUACGGGUGUUGAUUGACAAAUUAAAGAACUCAGCAAGUGAAUAUUUUGGAGUGCAUGAUGUAGAUGGGGGUUUGUGCUCUGAAACAGAUACGGGGUUUUCACCAACGAAGAGUGAAUUUUGUAAUAAAAAAUUAAAAUUUCCUGACACUGCUGAUCAAUCAUGUGAAGAUUUACCUUUGAAUUCGUUGUUUGGUACUAAAAAGCUAGCUAAGAGGAAAACUAGUUGUACAUCCUCUACAAAUCCAUCUGAUUGUUUGCCUAGAAGUUUAUCCAAAUCAAGUAGUAGUCAGGCUGGGACAAUGGGUCGUAAGCGUACCCGCAUUGUCCUUUCUGAUGAUGAAGAAAAUGCUGAGGUGCUUUUCUCUGGAGGGCUUGCUAAUGUACAUGAUGAAGAUAAUAUGGCUUCUUUUCCCCAUGAUAUGUUAUAUAAGGUUGCUGGGGAAGAUGUGGCUACAUCAGAUAAUUUUAAAAGUGGGAAACAACAGUGUACUAAUGUUCAGAAGGACCAAUGGGAUGUCUCACCAGUAGCCUCAAAAUGCAUAGUUAAUGCUUGCACAGCUAUGAAUAUUGAAGAGAGCGCCUGUUCUGACAAAUCCAGGACUUCAAGAUCAGAUCAUAACAAUUUCAGAUUUUCCAGCCCACACAAGACUGUUGAAAAUUCCAAGUUAUAUGCUAAUGACAACACAAUACAUGCUAAUAGUGUUUGUGUUGAUGAGCAUUGUAAGCAUAUUGUUGUUAAAAUUGGUGAAGACUAUGUUCAUAUUGAACAAGAGCUGUGCAUUAUUGGAUCUAGUAUCAGCAUAGAUCAGCUGAAGGUUGAAGUGGCAUGUAUGUACUACAUACAACUGCCUUGUGAGAAAAGAUCAAGAGGCCUAGUUCCAGUUAUUCAACACGUUAAAUAUGAUGGAAGGGUUCUUGAAUCCUUCGAGGCAGUUGAUGUUCUCAAUGACCACUUGAGCAGAAAGAGUUGCCUUGAAGCUUCACUUGGUGUGUGGGUACCUAAGCCUUUGGUGGAACUAUAUACUCAGUGCUGUAAAGAGCUAUCUGAGUUACCCAACAUGAACGUUCUCAAGAAAUUGUAUAAUCAAGAGGUGUCAGAGGACGAGAUAGUUGUAUCUGGAUGUGAAUUGCAAGAAAUAUCAGUGACACCAUUAGUGAAUGCAAUAAAUAAGCACCAAACAGUUGCUUCUCUAGACCUUUCACACAACCUGUUAGGCAAUGGAACAAUGGAGAAACUUAAAAAAGUAUUUACUGCAUCACAUCAGAGCUAUGGUGGGCUGGCUUUGGAUUUGCAUUCUAAUCGAUUUGGCCCAACUGCUUUGUUUCAGGUAUGUGAAUGUAAGGUGCUAUAUAGUCGGCUAGAAGUGCUAAACAUCUCCAGGAACCGUUUGACUGAUGCAUGUGCAUCUUACAUUUCAACCAUCUUGCAAAAAUGCAAAGCCCUGUAUAGCUUAAACAUAGAACAAUGUUACAUCACAUCAAGAACAGUUCAAAAAAUUGCUGAUUCACUGGAUUCAGGAUCUGCUCUCACACAUCUUUAUUUAGGAUACAACCAUCCAGUGUCUGGGAAUGCUAUAAUGAACGUCUUGGCUAAACUCACCAGUUUGAAUGAUUUUCAAGAGCUUGGGUUGAGUGGAUUGAAGUUGAGCAAAUCAGUGGUGGAAAAACUUUGUGAGCUUGUUAAGAAGACUAGCUUGUCUGACUUAAUACUGGGAAGUACCAGUAUUGGAAAUGAUGGAGCACUUGAAAUAUUUCAAUCACUCUCUGAGAAGACUCCAGAAACAGGGAAACUUGACCUAUCAUCUUGUGGAUUGACUUCUGUUUGCAUUCCCAGAUUCAAAACUGGAGUCUCUCUUGUAAAUUCUAUUGUUGAACUGAAUCUUGGAGGGAAUCCCAUCAUGGAAGAGGGUGGAACUGAACUGGCAUCUUUGCUUACUAAUCCUCAAUGUUCCCUAAAAGUUUUGAUACUAUGCAAAUGCCAACUCGGCAUCCCGCAAGUUCUCGGGAUACUCAAGGGACUAUCAGAAAACUGUUAUUUGGAAGAGCUCAAUCUUGCUGAAAAUGUACACAAUCUUGAUGAACUCCAUACAGACCCCAACCCAUCAAAGAGCUCUAUUGCUUCGGAAAAGGAGAUUUGCACAGGUUGUAGUCAACUCGAAGUUCCUGAUAGUGAAAAUGAUGCAGAAGGAAGCAUUGCUGCCACAUCUGCUUCAGUUCACAACUCAGAAUGCAAGUUGCUCAUUGAAGAGCUUUCAACUGCUAUUGAAAUGGCAAAACAUCUGCAGCGGUUAGACCUGAGCAAUAACGGGUUUUCUCAAGAAGCUGGACAGAGGUUAUAUACAUCAUGGGCGUUGCAUUCAAGAUCUGGCAUAGCCCAGAAGCAUAUCCAGGGGAAUGUAAUUCAUUUGUCUGUCCAGGGAGUCAAGUGUUGUGGCACAAAACCAUGCUGCCAAAAGCUUUGACUUUAACGUGCUCUAAGAUAUGUUUGGUUGUUUUACAAGAACUAUGCAUGCAUUUUGUUAAAAAACCCUGAUUAUGCAUUUAGGUACAUAGAACUUGUAAGUAUAAGGAACAUGGAUGAAUCAUGAAUAUAUGAGCAGAGCCAAG